AUGGCGGAACUGAAUGGGGACAGCGAAACUAAACUUGAGGUUGAGCCUCAAAACAAGGUGAAUGGCACCGCUCAACCCGUCUCAGAGUCAGAGGUGAAAGAGAAGGAGACCACCACCAUUCCAGUCUCCGAUGCAGCCAAGACGGUCGCUGCAUGUAAAAAACAGCCCGAUGCCAAAUCAAGCAAGAAGCAGAAAAAGAACAAGAAGAAAGAUGAAAGUUCAAGCGAGGAAUCGUCCGAAGACUCUAGCGAAGAUUCCGAGUCCGAAGAGGAGUCUGAUUCCAGUUCUGACUCCGACAGAGCAGAGAAGCGCAAACGUCGUCAACGAGCCAAAUCUCGUGCCAAGCGUGCUUUGAAGGAUAAGAAGCAUCGCAAGAAGCGCAAGGCUCGAAGCCGUAAGACUGCCGCUUCUGAAUCUGAGGACCCUUCAGAUGCGGAAUCCUCGGAUGCCGGCUCAGGCUCCGAUUCGGAUUCAUCUAUUGACGAGAAGACUAUGCGGAAGAUGUUGAAGAAACUGAAGUUGAAGAAGCGGGGCAAGAAAACUCGAGAGCCCGAAAAGGAUGCGGAAUCCGAUGAGGAUGCUGGCGAGAGCAAGCGUGACAAGCGAUCGAAGAAAAAGAAGCCUGCGUCCAAAGUGGCCUACAAGCGAGUGGAUCAGCUUUGGGACAGUACAAUUCACAAGUAUAAAAUUUCUGAAACUGUGGAUGACAAUGACGACGAAUGGGAUCAGUACAUCUUCAAUGUGCGCCGUCAAUUCAACUGGGAGAACAAGUACCUGGACACUGUUGUGGAUAUCAAGAGUAAACCCCUUCGUGAGGCUCUGUCCAAGGUAAUGGACGGUGUUAAGGGUGUCAGCUUGGUCGAGGACCCUGCCGUCGUGGAUCCCAACAUGCUAUUCCUGUACCUUGAGGAGACUCGCCAGUACAUGAAGGACUUGAAGCGAAUUGCAAAACGGGACAAGAAGAAGAAGAACCGAAAGACCGCGGCGACCAAAGCUGCUCAUCUUAAGGUUAUGAUCAAAUACCUUGACACGGACUACGCAGACACCAAAAAGACGCUGUAUCCACUCCUGGAAGCUAAGACAAUCACAUUUGAUCUACUUUGGGCUCUCUAUAAGCCAAACACCAUUGCAUACACCCCAACCUACGGCAAUGCCGAUGAACCCCGAGCCUUCAAGGUCGAGUAUGCCACAAAGGAAUUCUCAUACACCAAAGGCACUUGGUAUGAUGUCGAGGGCCGCUACCUGGAAUACGAUGGCAAGGACUUCGGAUUUGGAACUAUGUCAGCCGAGGUAGAAUCUUUCAAGGGAGCCCGCAAGAUCACUAGUCUCAGCUGCUACCCACUGCAGUAUCAUCAUGAUGCUGAUGGUCUCCACGCCAAGCUCGUAGAUCGCGGCAAGCGAUUCAUUGCCCUGCGUGGCAUGAACUACCGCUUCCACAAAGGAAUGGCCUUCUACAAGAAGAAGCGCCAGGUGAUUAAAGUCAAUAUUGAGUCGCGAAUUAUGGUUGAUCCCAAGAUCCACAGACGAAUCAACCCGAACUACACCAUAAGCACUGUCCGCCCUAAAGAUCCUGAUAUCAUCGACCCGCUAGAUCUUAGCCUGAGUGAUGAUGACGAUGAUAGCGACGCAUGCUGCGACUGCGGAGGAUCUGACGAGGACUCGGACGCUGGCUCCGAACUGCCCCGGACCGUCUGGAAAGUGAUGAAGGACAAAGACGGAUGCGUGACGGUUGUGCAGGUCGAAGUGGACGAGAGUGGAGAAAUAGUGCAGAAAGAAAACAUGGACCGCAUCGAAGCCGACAGCACACAGGAGCCACGCGCAUUCACAGAAGAAGAACUUCUCAUUGCCAGUCCCGUCGUUCUAGGCUUCGCCUUCAGCGAGAAGCUCUGGCUCGAGUUUACCAUCUCCGGCGUGAGUGAAAUCAAGUGGGACACGGAAGCCUUCGACUCGCUCGUGCUACCAGCCAACCAAAAGUCCAUCGUAAAGGCCCUUGUCGAAUCACACAGCUUCCAUGCCGCCGAAAACAUUGACGACGUAAUCCAAGGCAAAGGCAAAGGCCUCGUGGCCGUCCUACACGGCCCGCCAGGAACAGGCAAGACGCUGACAGCUGAGGGAAUCGGCGAGCUCCUCAAACGCCCAGUCUACAUGGUCUCAGCCGGCGAACUAGGAACGGACUCACGAACCCUAGAGGCAAACUUGACCCAAAUCCUCGAGAUCGCCCACUCCUGGGGCGCAGUCCUCCUCCUCGACGAAGCAGACAUAUUCCUCGAAAAACGCACUAUCCACGACAUCCACCGCAACGCACUAGUAAGCAUCUUCCUCCGGCUGCUAGAAUACUUCCAGGGAAUCCUCUUCCUGACCACGAACCGGGUGGAAACUUUCGACGACGCCUUCCAGUCCCGUAUCCACGUUGCGCUGCGCUACGGCGAUCUUACGUCAAAGGCGAAGCGCAGUAUCUGGAAGAUGUUCCUUGAGCGGGUUCGGGCGAUUGAGAAUGUCAAAAUGACGACUUUCUCUGAAGCCGAUUUGGAUAAGCUGUCUCGCCACAACUUGAAUGGUCGUCAGAUCAAAAACUCCGUUCGCACCGCACAGGCUCUUGCUGUCAACGAGGCUGAGCCGCUUUCGAUGAACCAUAUCAAGCGUGUGCUCGACGUUGCGGAAACCUUUGAUCAGGAUCUGCGUGGUGGAACUGGUUAUCUUGAUGCUAUGCGUAGUUACACUUAG